CCUUAAAACGAUUGACUACAUUUUUGACAGAUUGAUUUCAGCCAUCCAUCUCAGAUGUUGUGCAAAAUCCACAUCAAUAGCAAAUAAUUGUUAAAAAACAAGUGAAACAACUUUAAAACAUCGCCUACAAACUAAUUAAAAUAAGCAAUAUGUUACGGCAGAUGACCCACCGCUUGCUGACCACCGGUCAAGUGUUCCGGCCCUUCAGCAGCAUGUACGAGCCGGACUAUUUAGAGAAACUCCGACCCAAAUAUCCGCUGUACAACACGCUGAAUUUCACCAUCAAAGGCUACGACUAUCCGAUUCUUGAGAGCUACCAGCGCUUCAUGCACAACGUGGCCGACACGAUGGACUUGGACAUUGCUGACUGCUGGGCUCAACCGCCGCAGAAGUUCAACGUACAAAAAUUCAAACCGUCAUCGGCGGUCAUCGAAAGCGAAUACAAGCUCACGGCGUACCAACGGAAUGUUCAGAUUGCCAACCUGCAGGCGCCGCUGUAUCCCACGUUUCUGCGACUGCUGCAAGCUGCACUUCCGGAAGGCGUCACCCUUACGGUGAGUGAACACACCAGUGAAGUGGACGACGGGCGGUACGUGCCCGACCGAGAGCUGCUCGAGUUGCGACAGAAGCUCGACGAAAUGGGUGGCUCCAGAGAAAAGAAGUGAGAAGUGAGGUUUGUUUGGUUCGUAAGGAAUAGAGCUAAUAGAAGGCAGUGUGUUAUAAUAAUAAUAAUAA